AUGCAGGCGCCGAUGGGCGAACGCCGUGUGUAUGUCGCAGUUCACGGAGGGGCUGGAUGUCAUGGGGUUGCGUCAGAACAAAGCGUCAAGAGUGCUUUGAAACGCGCUUGCGCUCGAGCUCUGCAGGAGUCACGAGUAGACGACUCUUCUGCCCUCUCUGUUGUAGAGCGAGCCAUAUCUGUUCUUGAGGAUGAUGAAUGCCUCAACGCAGGUUACGGUUCUAAUCUGACCAUCGACGGCACUGUCGAAUGCGAUGCGGCUGUCAUGGACGGCUUGUCAGGGGACUUCGGCAGUGUUGGUGCUGUUCCAGGGGUAAAAAAUCCGAUAAAACUGGCAUCGGCGGUGUUGAGGCACUCUAGAGAAUCCGACCCUCUUGGGCGCAUUCGUCCCAUGACUCUUGUCGCCUCCGGUGCACACUCGUUUGCAUCGUCACAAGAUAUACAAACUGUUGCUCCAAAUAAAAUGAUAUCGCCGCGAGCGACACAAGAGUGGCAAAAAUGGAAAUCGCGAUUGAUUCGCUCCACUAAUGGUGACCAAGAGAGCUUGCCUCAAGAUGCCAUGCAAGAUACAGUUGGUGCUGUGGCUUGGGAUAACGAAGGGAAUCUUGCUGCUGGUGUUUCAAGUGGUGGGCUGCUGCUCAAAUAUUCUGGUCGUAUCGGUGAAGCAGCUACCUUUGGCACCGGGUGUUGGGCGCAGCAGUCACGCAAUGAACAUUCUGGGAUGGCGUGUAGUAUCUCUGGAGCAGGGGAACACAUAAUGCGGGGCGGACUAGCCCAUGUGCUGGGCGAAGCCUUACAAUCCCCACAAUCAAAUCACAGCGAGGUGGAUACACACCAAGUGUUGCUUCGAAUACUGAAUCAACAAUUUACUGAACCAUUGCGCCAACGAGGAGAGCAGACACCAAAUGCAGGAGUUUUGCUUUUGACAAAAGAACACGGCGAAGGUGAUGAAGUACUACCGAGGUUAUGGUGCGCGUUCACCACAGACAGCAUGGCAGUCGCGUAUGCAAGCACCGCCAAACCCUCACCUAAGGUGUCCAUUUUGCGUCGACCAGCGUCGACUGGCUCUGCCGUAGAUGCAGACAAGUCAUCAGUGUACAUAACUGCGCUGCCCAUUCACCGAUAA